AUGGCCCUGCCGUACAGCUUCGUUGCAGCUGUGGCCCUCUUCAGGCGGACAUUGAGGGCAGUGCCUCGUUCAAUGCUCAAUCCCUCAGCUGUGACUUAUUUUCAGCCGUUGACCAACAGUGUGGGGUUUCCAUCGUUGGUACUACCAGAGGGCGUUGCGGUCGAACAGGAUACUGUUGCUGGAGUGCCUGGUGAGUGGCUUUUGCCGGAAAACGGAGACCAAGACUCCUUACUUCUUUGGGCUCAUGGUGGUGGCUUUAUGUUUUGUUCACCGGGAACGCACCGUCAGUUUUUGGCAAAGGUGGCAGACCGAUCAAAAUGUUCCGUUUUUUGUCCAGACUACCGGAAACCACCAUCCAAUCCUUUUCCAGAGCCUGGAAUGGACGUGUGGAACAGCUUCAAGGCACUGCACAACAAGCACAGAGACGUUUUUUUGGGUGGCGACAGCGCCGGUGGCAACUUGGCCCUUGAGGUUGCAAGGAAGGCAUGCGAAGAGGGAUCCAAUCUGAAAGCAUCCGGUGUGGUCCUUCUUUCGCCUUGGGUUGACUUGUCAGACACUUCAAGCGAGUCUUGGGUUCAAUUUGAGGACAUUGAUUUCAUUCCUGCAGAACAAGCAGGUGUAGUUGCAGAGAUCUAUGCCGGCACUGCAUCCCUGGAGGACCCGGCUGUUUCGCCAGCACGUCGCACCGAAUGGCCGAAGCAUUUUCCGCCAGUGUUGCUGGAAUAUGCUGGUGCAGAAGUCUUCCGCAGCCAGAUCGAGCGACUUGAAAAAGCGUUAGAGAAGAGUGGAGUGGAAGUCUUGGCGCACUGCGAAGAUGGACAGGUUCACGUUUAUCCGAUUCUAGAUUUCCUCGCGCCAGAGGCAAGCGGAGCUGGAUACGGUCCUUCUGCCAUCUCUGACAUCGCCUCAGUGGCCUCAGUCCAAGCUGCCAGGCAUCAGACCCUUGGCGACAAAACGGCCUGCGUGCGUGGGGUCACACCCUGCACAUUGACGCGAGAGCAGCUGCUCCAAGGCAUCGCAAAGGAAGCCAAAGAGCAAAAGGCUUGCAAGGGGCCAAUGGAGCCGGCCGAAUAUCGUCGGCGACAGGAAUUGGCUGCACGGCCAGAAUUGGCCGAGACACCAGCCUCUGCAUUGCUGGCUGAACCGGAAAAACGCAGUACGUACCAUCAGCCGCCUGCAGUGAAAGCCAGGAGCGAAGAGGACAAGGCUCCUGGCGAUGAAAUGCAGAGGCUUGAGAUGCUCAAGGGCAUGGCACGCAGUCAGAUGCCCGCCGUGGAUAGUGAGGCGCUGCCGUCAAAGACCAUAGAGCACUACACAUUUGCAGAUGGAGAGGACUCAGUGUCUUUCAGCAUCAGCUUGGACAAGGACCUAUUCGAUGGUGCGGCGAGCUUCCUGAAGGAGAGCAAUCAGGUCAAAGUCUCGUGUCGAGCAACUUCGUUGGACAUUCGAAUUCAGGACGUUCCAGUGUCCUUGGUGGCUCCAGAGACUCUUGUGGAAUGGAAGUUGACUCUCUCGCCGCUCUACUCUCGGGUCGAGCCAUUGUUGACGACUUACAAGGUUAGAGGUGGCAAAGUGUCAGUGAGACUCGUGAAGUCAAAAGUCGGACCUUGGAAAAAUGGAGUCAAAUAUUGACACCUUUCGGCCAUCUUUGUUUUCAAGUGUAGCCCUCGAGCGUCGGGUUUGGUUUUCAAUACCUUUGACGCCUUUGACGCAAUUUAUGUCAAAAGACUCCAAUUCUUGACCGAACGCCAGAGCAAAACAAAUUUAAGGAAAAGAGACGCUGCACUCGGACCAAGUGAUUGCCCCGCCACAGAAAACAAACGAGUUUCACCUCGCAGUAGCGAGCAUGCUGUUGAUUUUUUCAUACAUGAAACUUUACUUGCUUUAGUAUCUUCUGCAAGG